AUCUUCUACAUAUUGAAAGACUAAUUGUACGGCGUACUUGGUAUAGACUCUUACGUAUAGACUUUGUAUAAUUUACGAAGUAAAUAUGAGUGCCGAAAACAGUGCUAGUCUUGACGAUGGCUUUCAGGAGGUUAACCCGAAAAACAAAAAGGCUUCAGGGACAACUAGAGCUCCAAGCACAAGAAAAUCAAAACAACCAGUAAUUGACUUUUCACAAACAAGUAAAAGAUCAUCCUUGUCGGGACCUACACAAGAGUUGGGUGAAAAGCUAGACCGUGUGUGCGCUUUUUUGAAAGAUAUCGUUACAGCUGAGAUGUUGGACAAUAAACUUGAUAUCAUCAAAGAAGAAAUCAUGUGUCAGAACAAAGAAAUUUUUCAUGAACUAGAAAACAGGAUAAAUUCCCUAGAACGUGAAAAUCGCAUAUUGAAAAACAGAGUUGGAGAACUAGAGGAGAAAGUCGAUGAAAUCGAGCAAAGUCCGGAAACAGAGCCUGAAACCAAUAGAGACUUAGAAAUAAAAUAUAAUGACCUCGAGCAGCAAGGCAGAAAAAAUAGCAUACGAAUUUACGGACUUCAAGACGAUGGGACCAAGGAAACCACACAAGAAUGUACAGACAAAGUUGUCAGUCUGAUAAAAGACAAACUUAAACUCCCCACUUUUAACGAGGCUGAAAUAGAUGUAGCCCACAGACUCGGUAAACAUAUUUCAGGGAAAACUCGUAGUGUGAUUUGCAAAUUUGUGCAAAGGAGGAAAAAGUCCGAAGUUGUCACAAAACGACGUGCUCUGAAAGGAAGUGGUAUCGUGAUUGUUGAGGACAUGACCCAAAUGAACCGUACAUUGUUGAAUGAAGUGAAACAGGUCGAAGGAGUCAAAAAUACAUGGUGUUCGGACGGUAAACUUUUCGCGAUGCUUUCAAAUGACAAAAUUGUGCGAAUCGACCACUAUACUGUCUUCGAAAAUCUGACAAAUGAAAGCAAGAAAAAAUACAAGAAAUCGGCAUAA